AUGCUACCUUUCGCAGUGGUGGGCAGCACCGAGGAGGCCAAGGUGAAUGGACGUACCUUGCGUGUUCGUCAAUACCCUUGGGGUUGUGUGCAGGUCGAAAACGAGGCGCAUUGUGACUUUGUGCGUCUGCGUGAGAUGCUAUUGCGGGUGAACAUGGAGGACUUGCGCGAGCGAACGCAUACGGUGCACUACGAGACGUAUCGGAAGCGGCGUCUCUCGGAGAUGGGAUUUAGGGAUGAUGAGAAGAUAUCGUUGCAGGUCGUUCGCCUCAAACAGGAGUCGUGUCACGCCAUUUACUUCAAUUCACCAGUCUCAAUUAUUGUUGGCACCUUCAAGAGCUCCUUGCUGCAGGGACCCAAAUUUAAGGUUGAAGGCCAAGUUUAA